AAAUUGCACGUCAGACUUAGCAAUAGCUCGCUGGAGUGGUCUAAUUCCAUCUUGUGGAGAGAGAGAGGAUUGCUGAGUUGAUAUCCUCUUCUCAUCCACACCUCUCUCUCUCUAAUCUUUUCUCUAGUAUCCAUUUCACCAUAUCAUCUCGCUCGAUUUCCAAAAGAAAAAGAACCACUGUUUUUUAUUAUCCAGUUCUAUAUUGAAAACGAGCAGUUUAUCCCUCGAGGAGAGACUUUGUUUCACUCCCCUUAAAGAAAGCAAGUUUUCGGUUACGUAGAAAAUAGAUUGUCUUUUUAGGUUUGUUUUGGUCUUUAGAUCUAGCAUACAUAUAUCCUCUCAAACUCUACUUCUUUGUUUUAGUUUUAAGCAAAAAGUCUUAGCUAGCUGGAUGAUGAAAGGUUUGAUGAAUAAUAUUCAACAAACACAACAACAUGUUCAUAUAGUGGAGGAAAACAUGUCCAAUUUAACUUCUGCAUCUGGUGAUCAAGCAAGUAUAUCAGCUUCUUCCAACAUGAAUGAUACUACUACUGGAAGCUUUUUCAUUUCCCAGAAUCAAAAUCCACAACAACAACAAAUCAAGAAAAAGAGAAACCAAGCUGGCAAUCCAGAUCCUGAAGCAGAAGUGAUAGCUUUGUCACCAAAGACACUACUAGCAACCAAUAGAUUCUUUUGUGAAAUCUGCAACAAAGGGUUUAAAAGAGAUCAGAAUCUGCAACUCCAUAGAAGAGGGCACAAUUUGCCAUGGAAACUAAAGCAAAGAACAAAUAAAGAAGUAAUAAAAAAGAAGGUUUAUGUUUGUCCAGAGCCCAGUUGUGUACACCAUGAUUCCACCAGGGCAUUAGGUGACUUAACUGGAAUCAAGAAACACUUUAGCAGAAAGCAUGGUGAAAAAAAAUGGAAAUGUGAGAAAUGUUCAAAGCGUUAUGCUGUUCAAUCUGAUUGCAAAGCUCACUCCAAAACUUGUGGCACUAGAGAAUACAGAUGUGAAUGUGGUACUCUUUUUUCAAGACGGGAUAGUUUUAUCACACACAGAGCUUUCUGCGAUACUUUAGCUGUGGAGAGUGCAAGAUCAGCAAUAACUGGAGGAAAUCCAAUAAUUAGUUUCUCAUCCCAAGCAGCUGGUAGUACUUCAACAUCUCAUAUGAAUCAGCUCCAGUUUCAAACGCCCCAGUAUGUUAAUAACAGCCAUGAAUUCACAGCUGCUGCGGCAUUUUCUAUGAAAAAGGAGCAGCCAAAUUAUGAUUUCAAUCAUCUAAGACAUAAUACUGAAAUUCCUCAAUGGCUAAUGUCUUGCCAACCAUUUGUUGGAGCUGGUCCUGGUCCACCCUCAUCAGUGCCUGCUGACUUUAGCUCAUCAGUAUUUCAAGCCACUAGGUUAAAUCAAGAAUACACGCAGAGCCACCAAGAUUUGACGUCAACUGAUUUCCAUGAGAACCCAAACCCUAAUUUUGGAGCGGUCUCCCCACACAUUUCUGCGACUGCAUUGCUGCAGAAAGCAGCUGAGUUGAGUGCUACAAUGAGUAACAAAGCAAAUUCUGUCUCUGCAUCAUCUCCUGCACACAAUACAGACCCAGCUGCCAUUCUGCUGAGACAAUUACCCCACCAAACUCACGUGUCUGUUACUACUGAUUCUGCAGCAGCUGUAGGUAACAAACAAACUGAUCAGUUUGGACUGAAUUUGUCUUCACGUGAAUUUGAGCUGACAAAUAAUACUGGCCUAAUUAUCAAUACCUUAGGCAACUCAUAUGGGAAUAAAGCUGCUGCAGCUACAGUACCAUCUUUUUCUUUUACUAAUGCUACUGGGUUUGAAGGGUCAACGUUUGAAGAUGCAUUUGGUGGGUUUGGCAGUUUGAAUUCAAAGAAAGAUAAUGACUUCAACGGAACUACACUCUCAGAAACAACCAGUGGCAUUAAUGACGAUAUUAUGACAAAGGAUUUCUUGGGUCUAAGACCUCUUUCUCACAACGAUAUUUUCAAUAUAGCUGGUCUAGUUAAUACUACUACUUCUAGUAGUGAACAUGAUCAGUUUCAAAAUCAUAAAACAUGGCAAAGUUAGCUUAGAAUGUUAUUACUAUUUAUUUUGCAAAUGACAUUUUACCUUUCUUUUUCCGGAAGUGCUGUGUUUCUCCGUAUUUCUUGUUUCGCAAAAUAAUGGGAGAUAUAUACCUGGGUGUGGAAUGGAAACCCAGAACCCUAGCUAUUUUGUUGUUACCAGUUGGUCUGGACAGUGAUAAAUUGUACACAAAAGUGCAUGAACUUUGAAGCAACUCCGAGGAGAAAGAUUAAUUCUUGUUGGUACGA